UUAUAGUCCUCCGGUCAGUGUAAGUCACACACAGAGCCCGUGGCCGCAAUGACUGGCGCUCGCUCUCCGCGGGAAUGAUCUGAUCUGACGGCUGCGGAGAGUCAGCGGUGCUCUGUGAAGUCAUGGCCGCUCAGUGUGAACCCUUAAGCGGAUACUUACAGCAGUCCGACCCGGGCUCCAACAGCGAGCGCAGCGCUGAUUCCCCUCUGCCCGUGUCAGAGGAUGACUCCAGCGGACCCACGGCGCCUCCGGACCCCGAGUGGACCGAGGAGAGGUUUCGAGUGGACCGGAAAAAGCUGGAAAUCAUGCUAUUAGCUGCCACGGAGGGGCGAGUCAACGGAGGUGAGGACUUCUUUCAAAAGGUCAUGGAGGAGACAGAUACUCAGAUUGCCUGGCCUUCCAAGCUAAAGAUCGGUGCGAAGUCAAAGAAAGAUCCACAUAUCAAAGUUAGUGGUAAGAGAGACAAUGUGAAGGAGGCCAAGGAGAAGAUCAUGUCUGUCCUGGACACAAAGAGCAAUCGCGUGACUCUAAAGAUGGACGUCUCACACACCGAGCAUUCACAUGUCAUCGGCAAAGGGGGAAACAAUAUCAAGAAGGUGAUGGAGGACACGGGCUGUCACAUCCACUUCCCCGACUCCAACCGCAACAACCAGGCUGAGAAGAGCAACCAGGUGUCUAUAGCCGGCCAGCCAGGAGGAGUGGAGGCCGCCAGAGCCAGAAUUCGGGAGUUACUUCCUCUGGUGUUGAUGUUCGAGCUGCCAGUCAUAGUACAGCUGAACCCUGACCCCAGCUCUCCUGCCAUCCAGCACAUCUCCCAGACCUACAACAUCUCUGUGGCCUUCAAACAAAGGUCCAGACUCUAUGGAGCAACAGGAGUAGUGCGGGGCUCACAGAAUAAUGCUGCAGCCGUGAAGAGGGGCACAGCGGUGUUACUGGAGCACCUCGCGGGCAACCUGGCCAGCGCCAUCACGGUCAGCACGCAGCUUGACAUCGCGCCCCAGCACCACCUCUUCAUGAUGGGCCGCAACGGCAGCAACAUCAAGCACAUCAUGCAGCGCACAGGAGCGCACGUCCACUUCCCAGACCCCAACUGCCUACAGAAGAAAUCCACCGUCUACGUGCAGGGAACCAUUGACUCUGUGUGUCUGGCUCGACAUUACCUGAUGGGCUGCCUGCCACUGGUGCUGAUGUUUGAUAUCAAAGAGGACAUCGAGGUGGAACCGCAGUGCAUUACUUCCCUAAUGGAACAGCUUGAUGUGUUCAUUAGUGUCAAACCCAAACCCAAGCAACCCAGCAAGUCAGUGAUAGUGAAGAGUGUUGAGAGGAAUGCUCUGAACAUGUAUGAGGCCAGGCGUUAUCUGUUGGGUUUGGAGAGCAGUGGGGUAUCAGUCCCCACCAGCAGUAGCAGCAGUCCUCCCUCCGCCCCUGCUCCACCUCCACCUCUCAGCUGCCCUGUUGGCCUUGACAUAUUGGCCUCUGCUGGCCUCGGCCUCACCAGCCUGGGUCUGCUGGGACCUCCGACAGUCUCCAUGACAGGACCCUCCACCAACUCCCUUCUAAAUGCUCUCAACAGCUCCAUCAGCCCAUUACAGACAUCCACCUCUGGAACACCCAGCCCCAAUCUCUGGCCCAAUUCACUGGCCAGUCCUGCCAGCACUCCAGGUUUCUCCUCACACUUGAUGAUCCACCCAGCCACCCAGGCCACUCUAACUAGCAUCUUGCUGUCAGGGGUGCCAGGCUACACCCAGAACACUCCAUCCCCUCCACCUGGUCUCGCCCCCAUAGACGCCCAAGUCAACGUAGUAUCAGACUGCAGUAAAGCCGUGUCCCCUCUUAGUAGCAAACAGCCCAGCACCAUGUACAGCAGAAUGUCUGCAGCGUCUCUGGCAGAUAAAGUUCUGACCGCGGUUCAUGGCGACUCUGUGCAGGAAGCCAGUCCCCACUGCCCCUCUGAACCGCUGUCCAGCAAGUCCAGCCAAGACCAAGGAUCGGAUACGUUUGUGGAGGUGGGCAUGCCUCGAAGCCCCUCUCACUCGGGGAACAGUAAUGAACUGAAGCAGAUGUUGGCGUCUUGUAAGACGACGUCAGGAAAGAGGCAAGCCCUGGAGCUGCUACAAGGCACCAAGAACUCUCUCCUACACUCAGACUGUCUGUUGUCAGACUCGGACUCCAGCGCCUCAGAGAGUCCGGUGGCUGAUAAACGCGCUCCAGGCAGUGAAAGAGCAGCCGAACGGGCCGCUCAGCAGAAUUCAGACAGAAUCCGACUGCCGCCCCAAUCCUCCUUCUCCAGCAUGCAGGCGUUCGACUACGAGCAAAAGAAGUUACUGGCAACCAAAGCCAUGUUAAAGAAGCCAGUGGUGACGGAGGUCCGAACCCCUACUAACACGUGGAGCGGUCUGGGCUUCUCAAAGUCUAUGCCUGCAGAAACCAUUAAGGAGUUGCGCCGGGCAAACCAUGUGUCUUAUAAACCUACCAUGUCAACUACAUAUGAGGGGUCGCCUCUAGCCCUGUCCCGCUCCAACAGUAGAGAGGGGGUGGCGAGUGGCAGUGACUCGGAUAACUGGAGGGAAAGGAAUGGGAGCGGGCUCCCAGGACACAGUGACUUCCCCUCUCCCAUCAGCCCCAAAAGGAAGCAGAACAAAACAGAACACUACCUAAGCAGCAGCAACUACAUGGACUGCAUCUCGUCAGUGACGGGAACUAACGGCUGUAAUCUCAACACAUCGUUCAAAGGAUCAGAUCUGCCUGAGCUCUUCAGUAAACUUGGCCUCGGCAAAUAUACAGACGUCUUCCAACAGCAGGAGAUUGACCUUCAGACGUUCCUCACGCUGACCGAUCAGGACCUGAAAGAGCUCGGCAUCACUACAUUUGGAGCCCGCAGGAAAAUGCUGCUGGCCAUUUCAGAGCUGAACAAGAACCGAAGGAAGCUCUUUGAGCCGCCCAACAUCCGCUCCUCAUUCCUGGAAGGGGGUGCCAGCGGUCGACUGCCACGUCAGUUCCACACAGACAUUGUCAGUGUGAGCGGGCGCUGGUGAUCCCAUGCCAGUGCGCCAAUGGACAGCCUGAAACUGCACAAAUUCCCAUUCCCAACUCCAACCUGAUAUCCAGUACUGGACCAAAACCCGGACCUUCUGAAACUGUGCCAAAUAAACAAAGUCUAUGGAUCAGAGGCUAAGGGUCAAAGAACUGUCGAAUAUUAUAUGCAGUAUGGUACAUUACGCAAUAUGGUACUCAUGUUACAAUGAAGGAUCAUUGGAGCUCCUGCACUGUGCUUGUAUAUGGAGCAGGCAGAUUGUAUUUAUAUGCUUGUCUUAGGCUUCGACACACUAAUUCUUUGCACUUUAAAAAAUGCGAAAUAUUUUGUCCAUGGACAGAUUCGCCUGACUAGAUGCGCCUGGAUUUUAUUUAAAGCACUUAAAUGGAUAUCAAGCCAAAGUGUUCCGCACCAAUUAUCCAUAAGGGAAGCUUAUCUCAUCCCACGGCUGAAUUACAGUGAAAUCACCAGCCUGUUGUUAUUACUUCUGGAUCUUAGUCAGAGUAGACAGCAUAUUGCAUUUGACAGAAAUGAGAUGGAGUGUAUGUCCAUGCCUCACUUGCUUGUUUUCAUUCAUGUCAAAUUAAAAUGGUCUACCCUGACUGAAUUCCACAGUACAUUGUAUAUAUAGUAUUACUAAACCUAUAAAUAGUUUACUUUUAAAGGGAAAAUGAAAAAUCUAAAUACUUUUAGUGUAUGACUUUAGUUCUUCUAUGGAACUCAAAAGAAGAUACUUCAAAGAAUGUUUCAACUGUUUUUGUCCAUACAGUGAAAGUCAAUUGAGUGCAUUAACUGGUUCCAGAAGUAUUUUUGCCAUUAAUUAUUUUUCCCAGAAGGAUUAUGUAGAAGAAAAUGUAAAAAAAGAAAAAAAAAAGAAAAAGAAAACUUAUUUUAAAGUGUUAAAAGCUAGGAACCAUUUUUUUUUUUUUUUUACAGAUUUAUUAACAGGUAAUUUCUACUGUUUUUUUUUUUUUUUUUUUUGAGUUGAAAAUACAGCUGAAAUCAGCAUUUACUGGGGUUUAAUCACUUUAAAGAAUUUGAACACAUAUAAAAUAAUUAUAUGUAUUAUUAUUUAGUAACCACCUAAAUCAAUUAUUUAAAAGAGCAUUUCUGGUAAUUCCAGGUCAGUUACCAUAGAAAUGUGAUUUAUGGCUGUUAUAGCAUUGUAUUGUAGUCCAAUAUCCAUAAAAGUUUGCAUGCCUCUUUAGUAGGGGUGUAACGGUACCCAAAAAUCACGGUUCGGUACGUACUUCGGUUUUAAAGUCACUGUUCGGUUCAUUUUCGGUACAGUAAGGGAAAGAAAUGCAAACAUUAAACUGCAGGUUGUUUAUUACUAUAAACUUGUUUUUUUUACAAUUUGUUUACACUUAAAAAAAAAUACUUUUUAAUAAAAUAUAUAUAAAAUUUAAAAAGAAUAAGAAAUAAAAUACUGCUGCAAAGUUCUCCACUAAAUAAAAUACUCUCAGUCUCAAAACAAUAUCAUAUAAUAAAAUAUAAUGAAAAAUAUAAAUAAAUAAUUACAGUGCAGCAUUACCAAUCCCAGCUUGUAUGCCUGUUGUAUGCCAUAUUUAAAAAAUAUAUAUCACUUUUCCAGCAUCAACAGUUUCAGUUUUAAGACCUGCUCAGAUGUCAUUAUUGCGUUGGACCGAUCGGAAUUAAGAGCAAAGGUCUGUUUAAAUGCCGACGGGAGCUGCGUUUGAAUUAUGGUUGUUUUUUUUCCUAGAUGUAGUGAUGCCUGUAGUUUCCUCUCGUGAUGCCUUUUCAAACCUUAGGCCGGUGACAAACUGGCAUAUUGCACCUGUCAAACAUAGUCUAUCUUGCCUAGGCUUUAUAUUUAUGCUCAACAUGAAGUAUAGAUAUUGUUGUCAUGCAGCAGAAACGCCACGCUCGUCACUCACGCCACGCAGCCAGUGCGUCACCGGCCUCAGAAUCAGCUGCAGGGAGGGAUUUGCGCUGAACGCGGAGACUUCCGCAACUUAAUAUUUUCGUUUGGAAACAGGAAAACGUGCCUACGUUCCGCGUACAAAAUAUUGCAUUUGGUCAUUCGGUACACAUGUGCACCGUACCGAAAGCCCUGUACCGAAACGGUCCGGUACGAAUACACGUACCGUUACACCCCUACUCUUUAGUAUUAUAUGCUGCAUGGGCUCACCUAAUUUCAGAAAGUUCUGAGUUUUUGUUCAGGAAUUGUAGGCUUCUAGGUAUAUUUGGCCACGUUCAUAUUGUAAUGACCCUGUUAUAGUUAACAUUUUAAAUCUUUUUGAUAAUUAUUGUCCCUAGAGAGUCCAGAGAAUUGUACUGCAGUGGUUUUGUUGAGAUUGAGUAAAAACCUAGGACAAGUUUGUAAAAGUAGGUUUUUAAAAUAAUCUUGAAUAAUUAAUGAACGAUUUGAUUGACAGUUGUGGUUCUUGAGGAAAAGUUGUUCAGAAUGAGGAGAUCUAACAUAUGAUACGAAUAUUGUGUGUGGGGGUAAAACGCUCCAUGAUUUUGUCAUUAAUCACUCACCCCCAUGUCGUUCCACACCUGUAAAAGCUUAGUUCGUCUUCGGAACACAAUUAUAUUUUGGAUGAAAUCCGGGAGGCUUGUGACUGUCCCAUUGACUGCCAAGUAAAUUAUACUGUCAAGGUGCAGAAAAUUAUGAAAGACAUCGUCAGAAUAUGUCUUUCAUAAUUUUUUGGACCCUGACAAUAUAAUUUACUUGGCAGUCAAUAGGACGGACACAAGCCUCUCGGUUUUCAUCCAGAAUAUCUUAAAUUGUGUUCUGAAGACAAACAAAGCUUUAACAGGUUUGGAAUGACAUGGUAAGUGAUUAAUGAAAAAAAAAAAUUGGGGUGGAGUAAUCCUUUAAUUCUUAAUUCUCUUGCACUCUUUAGGGUUUAAAACAACAUUUGACCCUACUGACUUUCAAAGUAUGGACAAAAUAUUGUUUUUCACAGUAGAAGGAAAGUUAUGCAGAAUUAUAAUUUUUGGAUAACCUAUUGAUUUAACUGUUAGUUUUAGAGCUUAAUGUCAGCCUGUCAGUAGCAGCUUUCUCAAUAGCAUCUCAGUUUAGCCACUGACAGAAUUGCUCUCUUUCAACCACCUUCCUGAACGCCACAGACCGCAAAUCUUCACAGGCCUCACUCCCCAAACCAAGCUUUUUGUGAAGCCUUGGAAUUCCUUUCAGACCCAUUCACGGCUUAAUCCAUGGCUUUUCUCCUGCACGCGACCAAAGUCUGUGCUGCUUUCUUCAGCUCUAGUCUUCCUACGCCCUCUAAAGUGCUUCGUUUGCUUCUCUCUUCUUCAUCUUCUCUCAUCAAUCAAACGCUCGUCGUAUUUUUCCGAUAUUUCCCAAAGCUAGUUUUUUCGAUUCUGUCUAUAUCUAAAGCUGUGAAUGUUGCCAGAUGUACUCCGAAGGAUUGAAACCACCAAGUGCCUUUUGCCUUGCACUGACAACUCUUCCAAAGUAAUCAAAGACUAUCGAUCUCUCAAAGGUACAAAUGUUUUACUAGGAAGUACCACUUACAAGUAACCUUGCAGUGCAUUGCUUUAUCUUUACAUGUACGGUAUAUAUUUAGUAUUUUCAUUUAGCUCUUGAGUACGUUGAAAUUGUACCUCACGUGAUAGAGUUUCCGUUGUGUGUAUUGUCUUAUUAUGAGUGUUUAUAGACUUUUUAGCAGUUUGCUUUGAUAAUUUGAUAAUCAAUCAAUUUGUGUAAUGGUUUGUAAUGUUUGUUUUUUAAUCAGACUGAGAUGGCAAAUGAGUGAAACGAUAGCUCUUGGUGUUGCCUAAAAAUAUUGAUAGUGAUAAUAAACUGCAACAGACUAUGCAAAGAAUCACUUUGCCAUUUUAGGUUUAAAUGUUUCUGUUUAAGCACUAUACUGUACGCUUUUAUUGGUUGGAGUUUUAUAGACUUUGUUUUCAGUAAAUUGCUUGAUACUGUAUAUCUUAGAUUAGUGCCUUUUGUAUGCAUCAAAUGCCACUUUAGUGAGAGACCAAUUGUAAUUAGUAUGUAGAAUUGUUUUGUUCUCUCCCUAAGAGGGAAAAAUGACGUCUUAAUAUUCUGACAUGGCCUUCACAUGGCCAGCACAUUUUUGAGUAUUUUUGGUCAAAGUCAAAUGCGUAACCUUUAUGGGCACAAAUGUACAGGGCAGUGAAGUAAAAACAGGACAUUAAAGCACAUUAACCAGUAUUCUUCUUCCAAACACACAUUAGCUGGCCAGUGCCUUGGAAAUGACUUUUAAGAUCUGUGAGAUUGGCACAGAUUUUGUAAUAUACUCCAUUCUAAUGUUCAGUGAUGAUACAUUUGCCAUAAAUGUGGUAUUGCCGAAUGUUCCAACAAGUUGAAGGUAUUACGAAAGAAUAAAGCAUAUGCAAACCUUUUCCAUC